AUUAUAAGACAACCAUUAUUAUCACUAGCAUUAUAAAUUGUCCUUGUAAUUUUUAUAUGCCAAGUGUAUACUUUAAUAAGAUAAUGAAGAAAAGUGGAAACGAGCCGCAGUAUAUAUAUAUAUGUGUGUGUGUGUGUGUAUAAAUAUUAUACAUACAUAUAUAUAUACACAACAUAACAUAAUGCACUUUUUCAAAAAAGAAAAAAGUAUUGAAAUAACUUCGUUAACUAAACUAUGAAUUAUAAAUAUUGUAUAAGUCGGUAAAUAAUAAUUAUUAUUAUCAUUACUACAGAUACUAUUAAUCAAAUAAGAUAAUUCUAAUCCAUUCAUCGAUAAGCUUACAAAUCCGACUUUUGAUUUUCUUACUUCAUUUCUUUAUUAAUCUUCAUCAAUGAAAGGCGAAAGACGAAAAAAAAGAAAAAUUGAAAGUUUACGUAUAUUAAAAAAAUAUUUUGUUUUCAAUGUUUCUAACGAUUUUCAAUUCAAAUAAAAGGAAGUAAUGUUGAGAUGAACUGCGCAGUAAAAUCCGAAGAAUAUGGUUUUUGUCAAAAAUCUGAUAAAGUUAUGAAAACUGAGAAAAAUUGUGGAGAUUUUGAAUAUUUAUCAAACAAACGUUACAUAUUAUACGAUGUUAAUCCUCCGGAAGGUUUUAAUCUAAGAAGAGAUGUAUACGUUCGUGUUGCCGUUUUUGUAAAAAAUUUAAAUAAAAAGGAUAAAAAAUUCAAGUGGCACUUGGUUCUGCCACCAUGGGGUGAUUUAUACCAUUGGCAGAGCAAAGAUGUGGGUCCACAAGUAUCGUUACCAUGGGGUACAUUUUUUGAUAUUGCAAGUUUACAAAAAUAUGCUCCUGUAAUUGAAAUGUACAAGUUCUUUGAAGAGUAUUCUUCGAAAAAUAAAAAAACUCAAUUAGAUGUUGUGUAUAUUUUACAAAAUGAUGAAGAAAUGUUUAAAACUGGUAUAUUUGAAGAUAAAAAUGAAGAAAAAGAUUGUCCUUCCAAACUUGUACGUUAUAAAAAAGCGAAAGAAGAAUAUAGUGGUUACUUUUGGAAUUAUUCUAAUAUCACAAGCCGACAAAUGAAAUGUAUUUUAUUUCAUGGAACAAUGUCGAACCUUGAAACAAAUCUUAAUCCUUUUUUUCAUAGAUCUGUCAUGUUUGAUCAUAUGGAAAUACCUUUGCAUGAUUCAUAUGGUUCUAAAGAUUAUUGGAGAGCAAGACGUAGUAUGCGUUAUAAUUCUGAACUUUAUGAUAUUGCAUUUGACUUUAGAGCGAAAUAUCUAAAUUCUACAGAUAAAGAUGAUAAUACCGAACGUCCAUCCGAUUGGAUCCAAGAAAAAAAAAAAAGAAAUGCAAUUGGUGGUCCAUAUUUAUCAGUUCAUUUGAGAAGACGUGAUUUUGUUAUUGGGCGGUCAGAAUCGACGCCAACAAUAAAAGGAGCUGCAUCUCAGUUGGCAAAAAAAAUGAAAGAAUAUGAAUUAAAACUUUUAUUUGUUGCUACUGAUGCAGAUGAGCAAGAACUCGCCGAACUUAAAUCAUACUUACCACAAUAUACGGUUUUAAAUUAUGUGCCAUCAGAUUAUGUUAAAAAAAAGUUUAAGGAUGGUGGUAUUGCAAUUAUUGAUCAAAUAAUUUGCUCGUAUGCUAGGUACUUUAUUGGGACACACGAGUCUACUUUUACGUUUAGAAUACAAGAAGACAGAGAGAUUAUUGGAUUUCCUCCAGAAAGAACAUUUAAUCGGUUAUGUAAAGUAAAAGAAAAGUGCUUAUCUAGUGGACACUGGGAGAUAGUGUGGUAAUGUGAAUUUUCAAAAAAUUAAUUGUAACUUUUUAUGAACCCAUAAAUGUUAAUACAUUUUUAAAAAUAUUUUAUCAUCAAUAUUAAUUAUAUAAAUGCACAAUGUUUCUAUAUUUUUUAAUAUUUAUCUUAUCAUAUAUAUAUACUAUCUGUUCUAAGUAAUCAAUUUGGUAGAUCUUUACAGGCAUUGAAUUUCAUUGAGAUGUUGUAGGCUUACCAAUUAAUUCUUGUUCUCUACGAAGCUCUUGUUCUCUUUGUUGUUCUCUACCAAGAGCUUCCUUCUGUUUAAUUUGUUGUAAGCGUAAUGCCCGUUUCUAUGAAUAAAUAUUUUUUUAAAUAAAAUUAAUUUUAUAAAGAAA